AUGAGUGAUUAUGGUGGUCUAGGGAUAGUUCUUGAAGAAGUUAAUAAUCAUCAAGUAUUAAAUAAUAGUCCUGAUUCAGACAAUAAAUCGAUAUUAUCAAAACGAUCUAUACAAUAUAAAGUCAAUAACAACAGUUGUACAACGAAUACCAUCUCACGACAACCAAGUGAUUCAAAUAUUUCAGUAGUUUCGGAAAAACCAAUACUUGAAUCUCCCGAAAAACACCAACCGGAGGAAUAUAUUGAAUAUUUAUCUAAUUCAAAUUCUGAAAUUUUAUUACCUCCAUUACCUGAUGCCAUUGAAGAUUUAAAUACCAACAUUUCAAAUUAUAUAGCUUCUGAUGGUGAUAACCAAUCAACAACCACCUCAACUUCAAAUCAUGAUAAUAUUUCAUCAUCUGCUUCUUUUACAUCAGAUGAAUUUCAAAUAUAUAAUAAUAAAUCAUCAUCAUUUUCAAAUUAUCAACUAGAUUCACCAAAUUUAUUAAACGAGAAUAAUAAUAAUAAAUUGACAUAUUUUCCAAGUGUAUCGACACAAGUUUUCAAUGAUUCAAAUAUAAGUUUGGGGCUCAAUACUACUACUCCAACUCCAAUGACUUCAACAACAAACUCAGCAAGCAAUAAUUCAACCAACCCAAAUACAUCAUUUGAAAAAACCAGUCCAUUAAAGAAACUAAAAUCAUUAAAAAGAGGUAUACGCAAAUUAUCAUUAAGUUCAAUAUCUAAUAAUAUUGCCAAUUCAUCGGCAUCAUCGUCUUCAAAUUCGACACCAACAACUCCCAAAUUCUCAACAUUAUCAAACACUAGUACACAAAAUACAAGUUUAAACAUUCGUCCAUCAUUAAGUCCAAUUCAAGCAGAAGAAGUUAAAACAAAUCAUCAAUAUCAUCAACAUUCUUCAUCAAGUUCAACUUCAACUGUAUCUUCAUUAACUUCAAGUUUAAGAAACACAAACACAAAUAAGCGUAAUAGAACCCUAAGUCAAGGUACAACUACAAAUUUUUCACCAGUUACUCCACCACCAUUAUUAACUUCACCAAUUAUAACAAUUUCAGAAAAUUUAUCAACUACAAAGAAAACAAUGUCAAGUAUCGAAGCAAAUUAUUUUGACUCAUUACAGAAUUCAAAUAAAAAUUCCAUUGAAGAAUUAAAUGAUAUUGAUGAAUUAAUUAAUUAUUCAUCAUUUUUAAGGAAUCAAAAAUUACAAUUGAUUGAUAUUUUUAACAAGACUAGAGAAAAACUUGAAAAAUCAGGUUGGUGUUCACAAACUGAUUUUGUAAAUUUGGGAUUACAACAAGAUUCAUCAUCAUGUCAAAUCGAUACCAUUUUAUUAAAAAUUGAAAACAAAUUAAAUAAAGAUUUUAAUUACUCAAUAUUAAAUAAUGAAGUAAAGAAAGAAGAGAUACAAGUACAAACACAAACUCAUGGUUUCAUUAGUCCAAGUUUAAGGACUUUGGAGAGUAAAUGUAAUUCAUUUACAAAUUUUUAA